UAACUCGUGAGCAACGAAAUCAUUCCCUUGGAUUUAACUGAGCAAAAUUUCUGAUAAGAUUAUCUGUCAGCGAUUUUCAAAGUUACAAAGAAAUAUAAAUCUCCUUAAGUUUCAAUAACAAAAUAAUUAACAUCCGCAUGACAAAGAGUUAAAUUUAAUCGAAUAAUUAUUGAAGAUUUGUAAAAAAUAUGAGUUACGGAUUGAAAUAGUAUUUUCGUAGACAAUUGAAAUUCUAUUACUUCUCUAAUUAAAAAAUUAAUUAAGUACGAUUAGUGUAAUAAAAACCAGUAGAAUAAAAACUCGUGAAAAAAUGACUGAACAACGUGGUGUUCGUUCUAGAUCAGAAGAUCCUGUAAUAUCAUCGAAUAUGAAUACGAAUUCAACCGGAAUGAAGUCUUUUCAAGCAAUGAACGAACGGGCAGUUGAGGACAUGACACUGAAUUUCUUCUACCGACCCCACACCAUUACACUUCUCCUAUGCUCGAUAUUUGCUGCAAUGUAUUUCGCUUUUAUUAGAAAUGAAAGCAAGAUUGAAGACAACAUUUGGGCAGGCAUUGUUUGUGUGAUUUUCUUCUUUUGUGUCGUGUCAGUGCUUACAUUUCCGAAUGGUCCAUUCACCAGACCUCAUCCGGCAAUCUGGCGAAUGAUCUUCGGUAUGUCAGUGCUGUAUCUGAUGUUUUUACUCUUUCUCAUGUUUCAAAACUACUCAACAAUUAUGGGAGUGUUUUACUGGUUUUAUCCUGAUCUUCGUGACUUUCACAUAAAUAUGGAUAAAGAGUAUGGUGUUAACUGUUCCGACAUCACUUGGAAGAAGUUUUACGAGCAUGUUGACGUGUUUGCUCUCGCGCAUUUCCUUGGUUGGACAUUUAAAGGAAUCCUCAUUCGACAUAGCGGCAUUUUGUGGUGCAUUUCAAUUAUGUGGGAGAUAACUGAAGUACAAUUUGCUCAUUUGUUGCCAAACUUCAUUGAAUGCUGGUGGGAUGCUCUCAUACUUGACGUAUUGCUUUGCAAUGGUCUUGGAAUUUGGGUUGGAUUAAAGAUUUGUAAAAUUAUGGAGAUGCGCGAGUACAAAUGGGUUGGGAUUCGCGAUAUCUCAACAACGUCUGGAAAGCUUAAACGAGCGGUUUUGCAAUUUACUCCCGAAUCAUGGACGGCAGUUCGCUGGAUGGAUCCGAAAUGCACGUACAUGAGAUUCUUAGCCGUUUGUCAGCUUGUAAUCUUUUGGCAAGUGACUGAACUUAACACAUUCUUCCUCAAACAUAUCUUCGAAAUGCCACCGGCACAUCCAAUUGUUAUUAUUCGUCUUGUGCUUAUCGGUUUGUUUACAGCACCGUCAGUUAGACAAUAUUAUAUUUAUGCAACGGACACUUCAUGCAAACGAAUGGGAACACAAUGUUGGGUUUAUUGUGCUAUCAUGUUCUGCGAAGGCAUUUUAUGCAUAAAGAAUGGCAAAGAACUUUUCAGCCAAACACAUACAGCUAAAGUCAUUCAAUGGCUGUUGAUACAAGCAGUUCUCUCUAUCAUCUUCGUAUCAGGUUGUGUCUUGUGGCACAAAUAUUUCCAGAAGCCGAAACAACAAGGAUUCGAUGAAUCACCAAAGAAGAAAAAAUCAAGCUGAAUUUCAUACGAUAAAAUAAUAACUUUAGUUUGAAUUCGAUUAUUUGACUCAAGAAACAAAUCAACAUAAGCUGCUUCUUACUAUUUAUCAUGUGCGGUUCAAAUCUCACGCUGUGAUUUCUUCAAAUUUCACAAGACUCGCUUUUAUUAAAUAAAUAAUAUUUCUCUUGAAUAAAACACGUUUUUACUCAUCAUCAAACUCAUCAUGUUGAUACUGUUGUAAUUAAUUAGAAUGAGUUGUGGUUUUAAAUUAAAAGAAAAACAAUUCAAGCCAAAGUUGUAGGAAUUUCUUUUAGAUGUGAACAUUUUGCCAUUUUAUAAAGAAAUUGUUAGUUUUUUUUUAAAUUAAUUUCAAUAAGUAGAAAGAACAAAUAAAAAUGAAGAAGAAGACGAUAUGAAAAUGUGAUGGAAAUAAAAUAAAGAAAAAUCCAUGAAACUUUAA